CGAAAAUGGGCGACAACGCAAUCACCGACACGGACAUCAACGAGAUCUACGAGAUCAAGGAGGUUCUCGGAAAGGGUGCGUUCUCGCAAGUCAAGAAAUGCGUCCACCGUGAAUCGGGCGCUGAAUUUGCAGUCAAGGUGAUUGACUUGCGCCGGGUGCCGCCGAACGAGAAGGCCAAGAUUAAGCGGGAGGCGCGCAUCUGCCUGAUGGUCAACCACCCGAACAUUGUCAAGCUGCACGAGGUGUACGAGGCGCCCCACACGUACUUUAUGGUGUUUGAGCUCGUCUCGGGCGGCGAGCUGUUUGAGGACAUUGUGCGCCGCACGUUCUACUCUGAACGCGACGCGUCGCACCUCAUGCUCCAGAUUCUCUCGGCCAUGCAGCACUUGCAUCGUCUGGAGAUUGUCCACCGCGAUCUCAAGCCCGAAAACCUGCUGCUCGAGUCGCAGCGCGACGGCGCCGACAUCAAGCUGACCGAUUUUGGCCUCGCAGUCAUGCUGGAAAAGCAGCAAAACGAGUGGUUUGGCUUUGCGGGCACCCCCGGCUAUCUGUCGCCCGAGGUUGUCAAGCGUGUGCCCUAUGGCAAGCCCGUCGACAUGUGGGCGAUCGGCAUCAUCUUGUAUAUUCUGCUCGCCGGCUACCCGCCGUUCUGGGACGACGACACCAAGGUCUUGUACGAGCAAAUCAAGCUCGGCGAGUACGAGUACCCCUCGCCCGACUGGGAUGACGUCUCGAGCGAAGCCCGCGACCUGAUUGACCGGCUGCUGGUGCAAGACCCGGCCAAGCGAUUGACCGUCGACCAGGCGCUUGCCCACCCGUGGAUUGCCCAGUCUGAUCGCGUUGCACCGCACGUCCAUCGCCAAGGCACGAUCGAAGAGAUGAAGCGCUUCAACGCUCGUCGAAAGUUCAAGGGCGCCAUCUUCACUGCGAUCGCCACCAACAAGCUGCUUUUCGGAAGCAAGAGCAUUCUGGAGGCGGCCAAGAAGGCUGCCAGUGGCCCCGCAGACGGCAGCGCCAGCAGCAGCGCAGGAGACGCAGCAGCCGCUGCCGCCCUCGCCAAUCUGACCAUCGGCACCCCGACCAGCGCGGCCGAGACGCCCUCCGAGAAGCAUCUCGAGUCGGUCGAAACGCUCAUCCAGCCGCCUCGCUUCCAGGACGCCACGGAGGAGGAAGUGUACCAGCUGACAGUGCGCCUGCUCGAGGCCAUCCACAGCGGCGACUAUGGCUUGUAUGCGCAACUGUCCGACGUAAAGCUGACUGCCUUUGAGCCCGAAGCCCAGGGUAUUCUGGUGCAAGGCCUCGAGUUCCACCGCUUCUACCUCGAGGCGGCCAAGGCAACCCGUCGGCGCCAAGGGUCGGUCACCUCUCCCGGCCAGCACACCUUCCACCCCUACUCGACCAUCGAGAAUCCCCAAGUUCGCAUUCUCGCGAGCGGCAGUGCGGCAGUUAUUUUGUACAAUCGAUUGACAAUGUCCUUGUCAGCAGACACCGGCAAGCCCACCACACACCGGUACCAAGAGACUCGCAUCUGGGAGAAGCACGGCACCACCUGGAAGCAAGUCCAUUUCCAUCGAUCAUCUUAAACUUGUCUCUGCAAACGCAGCCGCGGUUUCAAUUUGUUUGGGUUUUUUUACGAUGCGGGGUUUUUCGAAUUUUGGAUUAAUGUUUUUGCUGUUGUUGCUGGGGGGGGGGGGUAAAUGCUUUUGUGCAGUAUGUUGGUAAUGGUUGUUGCGGUGGGGUUUUAUCUUGGUUUCAGAUGAAGGAGCAACAUGCUGCUUGCUUGUCCCUCUUGCUACAACGACAAUGAAAGUGUGUCCUUUUUGUUUUCCCCAGUGUUUAAUUUCUUUGUUGUUUGUGUUUGUUGGGUUUGUGACCAAAAAAAAAAACUACUAAACACGAGCCUCAGGUCCAUCAUCGUCGCCAGCAGUUUC